CGUUUCCGUUCAUUAUUUCGUUUGACAUUGUCAAGAUGGCUGCGGCCGUAACGAGUCGCUUGACUACUGCAAUCUGCAGACAAUUUCAACGUUUUGUCAAAGUGUCUUCACACACACAGCCUCAAUAUGCAACACAGGCGCUUUCCACAUUUCACUCGUGUCAACAAAGACAAAUGUGUGACUCGUGGUGGUUCAGAAGUCCCAUGAAUAACAGAGCACUCCACACAUCUUGUGUUAGAAAAGGAUUGGAAGAAUUUUUUGACCUGCCAGAGAACUGGGGUGAACUUACAGUUAAAUCAGGUGCUCCGUGGACUGCCAAACAGCUUAGGGUGAAAAGUAAUGAAGAUCUGCACAAACUUUGGUAUGUUCUCUUGAAGGAAAAGAACAUGUUACUUACUAUAGAACAGGAGGGGAAACGACAGUGUGUUCAGAUGCCCAGUCCAGAACGCAUCAAAAAGGUUGAAAAGUCAAUGAUGCGUCUUGACACUAUUGUGAAAGAACGUGAGGAUGCUCUGCGCUUGCUGCAGACAGGACAAGAGAAAGCUAGACCAGGCGCAUGGCGAAGAAAUGUCUUUGGCAAAACCUUCUGGUACCGCUUCAUGGAACACCCAAUCCCCUGGCACCUUAAUUCGAGGUACAAAAGGCGGCGAUUCUUUGAACCAUCACAUGUCGCCCCUUACACAAGGUUAAGCCUUGAAAAAUACCUGAAGAACAAAAUGAGGAAAGAUAAAAAAGAAAAGAGAAACCAAAAAAAGCUAUCAGCAAUGUUUCCAAAAAAGACUGCACAUGCAUGAGAUCAUUGAAAAGGCUUUUCACAUUUAAUAUUGUCUUCUCAACACAUAAUACUUUUCAUUUCUCAUAAUACGUUGUACAGUCAAAUAAUAAAACCAAACUUGUAACAGAGACUGUUUGUGUAGUUACCUUUUUUUAAUUAUGUCUUUCCAAAGAUGUAUAUUAUUAGGAUUGAAAAUCAUCCCUCUUCUUGAGUUCAAGGGACACAUGAAGUAUAGAUUUUUCUAAAUACGCAAGUAUGAAUAAACCAGUCGAAACGUACUAAAUAUGAGAACAAAAGUACAGAAUCACCGCAUUGACAAUCUAACCUAAUCAAGCAAAAUGAGAUAAAUUUAGACCAUUUUAAGACAAACAAUUUUAUUCCCAAAAGAGCCGAUUUGUUAAAAGCAAUAACAAACAUUUGGUUUCUGGUGGUGCAAAAAAAAAAAAAAAAUGAAUCAACUUUCCUAAGCACUGAUACAGUUAAGGGAUUAUAAUUCCCAUGUACCAAAACACAACCUUGACACUUAUUUAGAAUGAAUCAGAUGAUCAGGAAAGCCAAA